CGCUCCGCCUCCUCGCGGGGCUGAAUGGCCUACGCCGACGCGGCGCCGCGAGCCCAGUGACUCAGCCUCCUUCCGCCUGACACCCUCCGCCUGGGCUCUCGCUAGAGGAGUGGGAGCUCUGAGGGGAGCGGCGACCCCGCCGGCCCGAACUCUUUCCCUGGCAGCGGCAGCUUCUUCCCUGGGACAAUAUGUUCAAGAGAAUGGCCGAAUUUGGGCCUGACUCCGGCGGGAGAGUGAAGGGAGUUACUAUCGUUAAACCAAUAGUUUAUGGUAAUGUUGCUCGCUAUUUUGGAAAGAAAAGAGAAGAAGAUGGUCAUACCCAUCAAUGGACGGUAUAUGUAAAACCAUACAGAAAUGAGGAUAUGUCAGCAUAUGUGAAGAAAAUCCAGUUUAAAUUACAUGAAAGCUAUGGCAAUCCCUUAAGAGUUGUUACUAAGCCUCCAUAUGAAAUUACUGAAACAGGAUGGGGUGAAUUUGAAAUAAUCAUCAAAAUAUUUUUCAUUGACCCUAAUGAAAGACCUGUCACCCUCUAUCAUUUAUUAAAACUAUUCCAAUCAGACACCAAUGCCAUGCUGGGGAAAAAGACAGUGGUUUCAGAGUUCUAUGAUGAAAUGAUAUUUCAAGACCCAACAGCAAUGAUGCAACAGUUAUUAACAACAUCUCGUCAGCUAACAUUAGGAGCCUAUAAGCAUGAAACAGAAUUUGCAGAACUUGAAGUGAAAACCAGAGAAAAAUUAGAAGCUGCCAAGAAAAAAACAAGCUUUGAAAUUGCAGAACUUAAGGAGAGAUUAAAAGCAAGUCGUGAAACUAUAAAUUGUCUAAAAAAUGAAAUUAGAAAACUUGAAGAAGAUGAUCAGACAAAAGACAUAUAAACAGUGUUGAAGAGAACUUGGCAGCAAGUUAGACUGGAAAUAAGGUGGACUUUAAUGGAGAAAUGGACUGAAUGAAAAAACUGUGAUGCUUCUUGGAGGAACUGCAUAAAUAAUUGCUGACCAUGGAUUUCUCAGUAGUGAAGUCCAAGUAUUCAUACUACUUAAGCAAUCAUUGGGGGAAAAUAUAUGGAUGUCUUAAGAGUGGCUACUGUAUGGGCAUUUUACCAACGUCCUUUAUGGAAAUUCCAUGAUGUUGAGCACAAUUUUUUUUACAUUUUUAUUGGAAUAUAUAUAUGUAGCUUAUUUUCCAUUAGGCAGGCAUCAGAAUUUCAUUAUAAAGUAUAAUGUGCAAAUUUUUAUACUUCUCUCCUAGUUAGAAUUAAUAAUAAGCUUGGUGUGUAUAUUUAAUUUUGCAAGUACCUGUCUGCCCUCUCCUACCUCUUUUGUAUAUAUGAUGUACCCAGUAAGUAAAUGUAGCUUACUGAUCCUG